AAUGUCUAGUCUCACACAGGCUGGCUUUGUCAACCUUUCUGUGAGACCAAGGCUAUUUCCACCUCUCUGACUGUGGGCAGGGACCCUGUCUAACUCUUUUCUCUAUAUUAUUUUCCCAGCGUUUAGUACAGUACUUUGCCAAUUAAUCUAUCGAUCACAAUCAUUCAGCUCUUCCUUCGAGCAGAGCACGGUACUGAGCGGAUGGGAGAGAGUACGCCGCAGUUGAAAGACAGAAUGGGAGUCAGAAGGAAUAAUGCGGCCAGCAUGUCGGCGCCUUCCACGCUGGGCGAGCGGAUCGCCGUCGCCGAAGAGCUCAUCGAGAGGGCAGAGGCCCUGUCCGGGUCGAGGAAAGGAGGCCUAGAAGGGGGAGCCAAGCUGUGCAACAGACUGAAGGCCGAGUUGAAAUUCCUCCACAAAGUGGAGGCGGGGAAAGUGGCCGUUAAGGAGUCGCACCUGCAGAGCACGAAUCUCACCCACCUCCGGGCCGUCGUGGAAUCCGCCGAGAACCUGGAGGAGGUGGUGAGCGUCCUCCACGUCUUCGGCUACACGGCCGGCUCGGGGGAGAAGCAGAGCCUGGUGGUGGACGUGGUGGCCGACGGGGGCCACGCGUGGGUGAAGGCCAUCGGCCGCAAGGCGGAGGCUCUGCACAACAUCUGGCUGGGCAGGGGCCAGUACGGCGCCAGGAGCGUCGUCGAGCAGGCCGAGGACUUCCUGCGGGCCAGCCGGCAGCAGCCCGUUCAGUACAGCAGCCCCCGCGUCCUCUUCGCCUUUUACAACGGCGUCUCCGGCCCCGUGGCCGAGAAGCUGCGGGAGAUGGGCGUGGCGGUGAGAGGAGACAUCGUGGCGGUCGAGGCCCCCGAGGGCCCCCGGCCGGGCGCCCGGGAGUCCGACGGCGAGGGCCCCGCGGUCCUGCAGGCCGCCAGGGUGGGCCGGGAGAACGCGGUGGCCAGCCUGGCUUUCCCCACGGAGGUGAAGGUGGACGUGUGCCCCCGGGUGAACCUGGACAUCACCACGCUGAUCACCUACGUGUCCGCCCUCAGCUACGGAGGCUGCUACUUCGUCUUCAGGGAGAAAGUGCUCACGGAGCAGGCGGGGCGGGAGAGGAAGGAGCCCGUGCUGCCCCGGCUGGAGGCCUUCAUGCGGGGCAAGGAGCUGUUCGCCUGCGAGUCGGCGGUGAGGGAUUUCCGCUCCAUCCUCGACACCCUGGGGGGGCCCGGGGAGCGGGACAGGGCCGCCACGCUGGUCGGGCGAAUCCAGGUGGUUCCCGACCAGCCUUCCGAUCGGGCCUUAAGACUGGUGGCCAGCUCCAAGAUCAACAGCCGCUCCCUAACCAUCUUCGGGACGGGAGACGCGCUCAAAGCCGUCACCAUGACUGCCAACAGUGGUUUUGUCCGGGCUGCGAGUAACCAGGGCGUUAAAUUUAGCGUGUUUGUCCACCAGCCCAGAGCCCUGACCGAAAGCAAAGAGGCGCUGGCCACCCCCUUACCAAAGAACUAGACGACCGACGCUGAGCUCUGACGACGGCGGCCUACGGUUACUGGGUCGCGGAAAGAAAUCCAGGUUGGAGGCCGAGAGGCCGUCUUCUUCUCUAACAAGGAGAGGAGGCCUACGGUGUGAAAAAUCAGGUUUUUUUUUUCUCUCGCCUUGGGUGCCGGAACCUACGUUAAGGAUAUACUUCAGUAAAUAGAAAAGGGGCAAAGGAGACAAGCCUGAUACGUCCGGAUACCUAAUAAGAGAUACAGCCAUUGUAAUGGCCAGAAAAAAAAACAACCGCCCAUGAUCCUUUGUCUUCAUUGGGUUCUUUUGUUGUUGUUUCAAUAGGGCUUUCUCAUCCUUCUUUCCGCUGAGAUGAAAGUGUUUCACGCGGUUUUGUCAACCCCACGUUCCACAUUAAAUAGUCACUUUAAGGACUCAAA